AUGAUGCGGGAGGAUGGAUUCAAGGUUAACCUUUACGAUCCGUACUUCUAUCCUGAUGUAUCGGUACUGGACCGUCAGUAUGACUUCGUCACAUGUAGCGAGACGGUGGAGCAUCUGCGAUCUCCCAUGACGGAGUUCAAACUCCUGGACUCGCUGCUCGUCCCCGGUGGGCACCUCGGGUUGGAUCUUAUUGCCGAAUUCAAGGCUCACCCUCGUCAUGCGCAGGCCGUAAGUUUCACGCCUGACGGCACUGAAGUCGUGACAACUGGCAUGGAUUCACUGGCUAAGGUGUGGUCAGUGCCCGAAUUCGACCUGAUCAGAACGUUUUCGGGUCAUGAAAAGAGCGUGAAUUCAGCGGCUAUAACUCCAGACGGGGAGCUGGUAUUGACCGGCUCAACUGAUCGAACGGCGAUCGUGUGGGACUGGGCGAGCGGUGAACAGAUUGUCAGGCUGUCGGGACAUCGGAACACGCUUGCUGCCUCGAGUUUUUCUCCGAGCGGCGACCUAGGAGUUACCGCAUCCUACGACGGGCGCAUCGGAUUCUGGUUGAGGGGGUCGGACAGACUGGAUGUAGUAGUCUCUCAUCCGAGAAAUGUAACGUGCGUCAGUUUUUCCCCUUGUGGACAGGUGCUGGCUACCUCUGGGGAUCGGCAAUCUGGUGAAGAUAUGGGACGUCGAAUCACGGAGUGUAGUCAGGGAGAUCGAGGUUCCUGGUCAGGCGGCGACAGGAUGCCUGUUCAUGCCAGAAGGGCAGCUACUGUGCUCUACCUAUGA